AUGGCUACAUGGCUACAUGGCUACAUGGCUAUCGCGUUGCCGCGAUCGGCAACAAGGCGAGAAGAUGUGGUUGCAGUUGUCUUGAAGGCUCUGCAGCCCGCGGCCCCGCGGGCGAGGGUUAUGGGCGGUGGAAAACCUCCGUCGCGAAAGGGCGAGACAGAUACCAUUUCCGGUAUCAUCCUCCGCCCCCGGUUCGUUAGUGCCGGUGCAUUUCCCAUCGACAACCGCCAAAUUUCCAGUCUCCAUUGCGGCCAGCAGCCACCUCUUGAGUCUCCACUGCACUUGCAGUACUAUCUUACUAGCCAGUCCCGCCUUAUCCGCGAUUGCCAGCGAGAAUGCACUUUGCCCCCUCAGGACCUGGCAAAAUACAAUGGUCCAUGGGGCAUCAGCAUCAGAAUCAAGUCGGAUAGGGAUCUGUCGGCGAUUAUCGCCUACUGCGCGCGCAGGGGAGGGGGCGGGAAGUGCAAAAAUUUACAUCGGGCUUGCAUCCAGACCUUUUCGCGGCAGUCGAUUGCUCUCGUCCUGACUCUGAGUGGCAACUGGAGUCUGGAGGCCAGUUUGGAAGGCGUGACGCUGGCCGGCCGAAAACUCCGAUAUACCUACAUAAGUCGUCCGUGGAGAUUGGAGAUUGGCGUAAGCAUCAAUGAGUAUGCCGGUGGGCACCUGAUGAAGCGGUCGGGAUCCUUUAUCGGCGGGAAUCGACAGCAGCAACGAUUGUAG